CAGCGGACGCCAGCUUCACUGCCAACAUGAAGGUCCUCCUGCUUUUUGGAUUGGUGGCCGUUGCCCUGUGUGACAUCUCCCGCUUUGAUGGAGAGAAAGUCUUCCGUCUGAAGCCGACGCUUGAUGAACAUGUGACGCUCAUCAAGGAGCUGGCUACCAGCAUUGACGUCGACUUCUGGAGCCCCGAGAGCGCGGAGCAGGUCACCAUCGACAUCGAUGUGGACAUCCGUGUGCCUGCCAUGUACCUGGACAUUGUGUACACCACCUUGGGACAGAGUGACAUGAAGAAUGAGAUUCUUAUUGAGGAUGUCCAGAGUGCCGUUGAGGAACAGAGCAGUGGCAUCGAUCCCAGAGCCCACAGCUACACUAAAUACAACACCUUCGGUGAGAUCCAGGCCUGGAUGAACACCAUUUCCUCAUCCAAUACUAACCUGAUCAGCAAGCAGGUGAUUGGAAACACGUAUGAGGGACGCCCCAUGACCGUCCUCAAGCUCGGUAAGAAGUCCAGCUCUACGAAGCCUGCUAUCUUCAUGGACUGCGGGAUCCACGCCAGGGAGUGGAUCUCUCCUGCUUUCUGCCAGUGGUUUGUCAAGGAGGCUCUGUCCACCUACGGCAGCGACUCUCAGAUGACCAGCCUGCUGGACCAGAUGGACGUCUAUGUUCUGCCCGUCUUUAACAUCGAUGGCUACGAGUACACGCACACCAACAGCAGGAUGUGGAGAAAGACUCGCUCCAGGAGCUCGGCCUCCAGCUGCACUGGAGCUGAUCCAAACAGGAAUUUCAAUGCUGGCUGGUGCACCCUCGGAGCCUCCAGCAACCCCUGCAGCGACACUUUCUGCGGCUACACUCCUGAGUCUGAGAUCGAGGUCAAGAACGUUGCUGACUUCAUCCGUAGGAACAAGUCCAACAUCAAGGCCUACCUCACCAUCCACUCCUACUCUCAGCUGCUGCUCUUCCCCUACUCCUACUCUUACGACCUGGCUGCAGACCACAGCGAGCUGUUGAAGGUUGCUGAGGGAGCCUCUGCUGCUCUGCGCUCUCUGUACGGAACCCGGUACACCAGCGGACCUGGCGCUACUACUAUCUACCCCGCCGCAGGAGGCUCUGAUGACUGGGCCUACGACCUGGGAGUGAAAUACUCCUACACCUUCGAGUUGCGGGACACUGGUCGUUACGGCUUCCUGCUGCCCGCUUCUCAGAUCAAGCCCACAUGCGAGGAGACCAUGCUGGCCGUCAAGUACAUUGCUGCCCAUGUGCAGAAGAACCUCUAUUAAAAAGCGUAGCAGCCGGGACCCCUGCCAACGCAGCUCCUCUGCACUAGCCCCCAGCCUCUCCAACCUCUCCGCUAUAUCAUGCCCGUAUCCAUGGAUACGGGCACCACCCGCCAUGUUUUCUCCCUGUGCUUGACAGAAUGUCACGAUAAGUGCAAACAAUAAAAUCAAUGAUCCAUCCCCA